AUGUCGUCUUCUCGUACUCAGUCCAGGCCCAAAGCCAACUCUGAAAAGUCAUCCGACUUUCUGUCAGAACUGAAGGAGGUGCUUCGUGCACUAUUCUGCUUCAGCUCUGGGACCAGCAACCAGGAGAAAGGUAAGGAUCGGCACAGGCACAAGCAGCGACACCAUCCUGACCUCAGUCCCAGUCGGGAACAGGCAAAUCGGGCCUACGUCUACCAAGAAGCCUUGGCAGACUCUGCGCCCCAUGGGAACUCCAACUCGCGUCGUGCUGACCGAGGCAUGAACAUGUUAAUGUACAGAGCCUUCGCAGAACAGGACCAGCUCUUUUUGGGGCCUUAUCGUCCUCGCAUGGAUGAAACCAGUGCUGGGAUUCAUCCAGCCCAGCUUCGUUCGGAUAGCCCUGCUCCUAGGAAUGAUCGCGAAGUCGAAGCUCGUGUGCGCCAGCUUCGUGCUGAGGCCGCUAGUAUCGAGCGACACGCUCGUGCUGGCCUCGAGCGAAAGUCUCGUGUCGUAUCUCGUGGUCAUCAUGAGGAAGCCCGCCAGGCCGCUGCUCAAAGGCACCAUCUUCGUGCCGAAGCCCAGCUUCGUAUUGAGGCCGCACAUAGACACAUGCGUGCUGAAGCCGCUGCUCGCCAGGAUGAGCUACGUCCUGAAACUCGUCGUUUUAUCAACUAA